GUGGGUGCCUUAAACAAGCUGGCAGUAACCAGACCAUUGCAUUUGCAGCAGCCAUGGUAUCAGUAGAUGCAGAUGCCCCUCAGGGACCAUCGACAAGUAUCCAGCCAUGUCGUGUGCUAACUUUGUCACCAAUCAAAAUACCAGUUUUGACAUCACCUUUCCCAG